AUGUAUUUUGGUUUGAGAAAUAAUUUCUUUGAACUGACGACGUAUAAUUAUUUUGUUUUAUCAGCAAAUGGGGAAAAUUAUUACGUAUGCCCAAGGGAUUUUAUACUCGUUGACAGAAGCUGUUAUUUUUUUAGCACAUCUCCCGACACAUGGCGAAACGCUUAUUUUAAUUGCAAAGAUAAAAACAGCGAAUUGGCUUUGGUGAAAAAAAAAUGGGAAGACAAAGCGUUGAGAGGAUUUUUAAAAACGGGAAAAAUGGGCGAUAAUUAA